GCGCUGCUUAACGGGGGGGGGCUUGCCUCCGCCUCCUCCCCCCCACCCCGCGGGGCGGCAGAAAAGGGGUGUCGGGUUUCCUGACUCUUCCUGUCUCCGGCCCCCGCCCCGCUCGCUCCUCACAGGAGGCUCCUCCCUCCCCGGCUGUUAUAAAGCGGAGGCCGCCGGGGAGGACGAGCAGCUGCGCCUUGACUGUGGCGGGAGAAGCAGGAGCUGGCCGUCCUCUGGCCUCGGAGCUCGCCUUUCCCUCCUCGGCCUUUCUCUCUAUCGGUGUUCGCGUUGGAGGGAGGCUGCUAUCCUCUGAAGCGGGUUACCUGUCUCUCCGUGGCAAGUGCCUCCUGGGUCUUGGCUGAGAGGUACAGAUUGAACUACUCCAGAAAAUUUUAAAAAUGGAACAAAUAGAAGAGUCAUCUAAGAGAAUUCUGUUGGAGCCAUACAACUACCUACUUCAGUUACCAGGAAAGCAAGUCAGAACCAAACUCUCCCAAGCUUUUAAUCACUGGCUGAAUGUUCCUGAAGAUAAGCUACAAGUUAUUAUUGAAGUGACAGAAAUGUUGCACAAUGCAAGUUUGCUUAUAGAUGACAUAGAAGACAAUUCAAAACUACGACGAGGUUUUCCAGUGGCCCAUAGCAUCUAUGGGAUACCAUCUGUAAUAAAUUGUGCCAACUUUGUGUAUUUCCUUGGCUUGGAAAAAGUUUUAACACUUGAUCAUCCAGAUGCUGUAAAAGUGUUCACCCGCCAACUGCUGGAACUUCAUAAGGGCCAAGGCUUGGAUAUUUACUGGAGAGAUACCUAUACCUGUCCUACAGAAGCAGAGUAUAAAACCAUGGUUCUGAAAAAAACAGGUGGCCUUUUUGGACUAGCUGUUGGCCUCAUGCAAUUGUUCUCUAGCUAUAAGAAAGAUUUAAAACCACUCCUUAACACCCUUGGGCUCUUCUUUCAAAUUAGAGAUGACUAUGCAAACUUGCACUCCAAAGAAUAUAGUGAGAACAAAAGUUUUUGUGAAGACCUAACUGAAGGGAAGUUCAGUUUCCCAACUAUCCACGCCAUAUGGUCUAGGCCAGAAAGCACUCAGGUGCAGAAUAUUCUGCGACAAAGGACUGAAAAUGUGGACAUAAAAAAAUAUUGUGUACAUUACCUGGAGGAUGUGGGUUCUUUUGAAUAUACCCGGAAAACAUUAAAAGAACUCGAGGCUGAAGCUUACAAACAAAUUGAAUCUCUUGGGGAGAACCCUGAGCUUACAGCACUACUUGAAUAUUUAAGCAAAAUGUUCAAGGACGACGAGAACUGAUAUAAUUGGUGAUUAUAUUUGCAGGAAACGAUUUUGAAAUAAUCAAGGAAACUAAACUACAAUAUUUCUAUCACUGCUUCAUAGGAAAUGCUCUCAAGCAUGUAUUAAGGGGUUAUGGGGUUUAUAUGUGCCCUAAGUGAACUUUGGACUUCUACUUUCAGCUGUGUAUGCAAUAUUGCUGCACAUUUCCAUUAAAAUAAAGUUGCCAACUACAA